GGGACGGGCGGGCUCCGCGCCAACCUCCUCCGCCCCCGGGAAAAGAGGGGGGCGGGACCGGUCUCGCUCGGCGUCCCCGGGAUGAAACAGCUGCCUCGGCCCCGCGGCGGCCCUUUAAAUAGCUGCCGCGGCCGCUGUUCCACUCGUAGCGGAACGUUGUCCUGAGCUCGCCGAGCAUCCUCACCGCGGUCUCCGGCCCGAUUCGCGGUGGCGGGGCAGAACCGCGCCCGCCCACAAGCAAUCAUGUUUGACAUUAAGAAAAUUUGCUGCAUUGGGGCUGGCUAUGUCGGUGGCCCAACCUGUAGUGUGAUUGCACAGAUGUGCCCCAAUAUCAAAGUUACUGUUGUGGAUGUCAAUGAGGCCAGAAUCAAUGCCUGGAAUUCGGAUACACUCCCCAUCUAUGAGCCAGGGUUAAAAGAAGUGGUGGAAUCCUGUCGAGGAAGAAACCUCUUCUUUUCCACCAGUAUUGAUGAUGCCAUUAGAGAAGCUGAUCUUGUAUUUAUUUCUGUCAACACUCCAACAAAGACCUAUGGGAUGGGAAAAGGCCGAGCAGCUGAUCUGAAAUACAUUGAAGCUUGUGCUAGACGAAUUGUACAAAAUUCAAAUGGCUAUAAAAUUGUCACUGAGAAAAGCACAGUUCCAGUACGUGCUGCGGAGAGCAUUCGUAGAAUAUUUGAUGCUAAUACUAAGCCUAACUUAGAUUUGCAGGUGCUGUCUAACCCAGAGUUCCUUGCAGAAGGAACAGCCAUCAAGGACCUGAAGAACCCAGAUAGAGUGCUUAUUGGUGGGGAUGAUUCUCCAGAGGGACAGAAAGCUGUCCGUGCUCUUUGUGCUGUUUAUGAGCACUGGGUGCCCAAAGAAAAAAUCCUCACAACCAAUACGUGGUCAUCAGAACUUUCUAAACUGGCAGCUAAUGCUUUCCUUGCCCAAAGAAUCAGCAGCAUUAACUCAAUCAGUGCUCUGUGUGAAGCAACAGGUGCAGAUGUUGAAGAAGUAGCAAGAGCUAUUGGAACAGACCAAAGAAUUGGAAAUAAGUUUCUCAAAGCCAGUGUUGGGUUUGGAGGUAGCUGUUUUCAGAAGGAUGUCUUGAAUUUAGUGUACCUCUGUGAGGCACUGAACUUACCUGAAGUAGCUCGCUACUGGCAACAGGUAAUAGACAUGAAUGACUAUCAGAGAAGAAGAUUUGCUUCCCGCAUUAUUGACAGCUUGUUCAAUACUGUGGCUGAUAAGAAGAUAGCUAUUUUAGGGUUUGCAUUCAAAAAGGAUACUGGGGACACAAGGGAAUCAUCCAGUAUCUAUAUUAGCAAGUAUUUAAUGGAUGAAGGAGCAAAGCUCCAUAUCUAUGAUCCUAAAGUACCUAAGGAACAAAUAAUCUUGGAUCUGUCACAUCUGGGUGUCUCAGAAGAUAACCAAGUGUCUCGGUUGGUCACUAUCAGUAAAGACCCCUAUGAAGCCUGUGAUGGAGCUCAUGCCCUUGUGAUUUGCACUGAAUGGGACAUGUUUAAGGAGUUGGAUUAUGAACGUAUUCAUAAGAAGAUGCUGAAGCCUGCAUUUAUCUUUGAUGGUAGGAGACUUCUAGAUGAUCUUCACAAUGAGCUACAAGUCAUUGGCUUCCAGAUUGAAACAAUCGGGAAGAAGGUGUCAGCCAAAAGAAUUCCUUUUGCAUCUUCAUGUGAAAUUCCUAAAUUCAGCCUGCAGGACCCACCUGUCAAAAAGCCGAGAGUAUAAUGUUUGAUAGGUGCUGAAGGAAUUCUGUGGACCUUCUUAGUGAUAAUAACUGUAAGCCUGUGCUUUUUUUAAGGAAAGAUAUUUUCAUAAAUGAAACCAAUUUUACACUAGAAAUGGUACCUGAUACAUGUGAAUUCAGUCUAAUUUCAAAUCUCUAUUUUUAUAGCUUUUUUUCUUUUUGUUACUGAAGGAUGGUACAGAUCAGUUUUUAAUAACGAAUCAUCUUUUAAAUGGAAAAGUUACUUUCAAACUGCACAUUUCUGCUUCCUGGAAGUGUUACUAAACUGCAUUUUGAAUGUUUCAAAUUAUAUGAAAACAAAAGAAACAGUAUCUUUUUACUUCAGUCUGGUUAUAGAGAGUGAUCAGGUAAUUCUUUACCCAGUUAAAUGCUUGCUCUUAACUGGCAUUGAAGUAAAAAGAUAAGUUCUAAAUGAAUUUGGCAGGAUCUGGGUUGAGCCCUAAAAUAGAGCUGACUGCAACAAUAAUACCCCAUGCAGGUUGGGAUCAGUUGGCACUGAUGCAGUAUAAGCAGUGUCUGUUGGGAGACCAUGUAGUUCCACAGGUGUCUAUCAUGUAACUAAUGGCAGUGGACUGGCAGCUAGAAGCUGAUCCACUGGCAGAUUUUCACUUUUGAUUCUCUAGUUGUCUUGCAUACAUUCCAUGUGCAGCUACAUAAGUUAUUGAUGUAAUCAAAUUCCUGGGGCAAGUCUUUCCAAUACAGCCCCUCUUCAGUAGAGGAGCAUUCUGCUUGUUCAAACAUUCAGUUUAAGCAGAACUACCUAAUUUGGUGUCAGUCCAAGCAGAAGGCAAAUACUGGCUUUGAAGCUACCUGAUGGCUCUUUUUUGUUCCUUUCUGCUUACAUACUUCAUCUGAAAGCAGCUUUCUUAAUGAACCCGCAAAAAUUAUUUCCAGCUGUUAAAUUAUGAAAAACAAAAAUUCAGCCCCAUAAUUAGUCAGCUUGCUACCUCAUUUAAUUAGCAGGAAUGAAUACUUCCUAUCUUAUCUUGAUUUGGGGUUUUUUUGCCUUAUUACUUUAUUUCUACUUGUUUUUCUUAUUCUCAAUUGGCCAGUGAGAUUAAAAUCCUUGAGAUGACAGAGUUUGCAUUUGGCUUGUUGCAUGGGGUUGUGAAAUGGAGGGAAGGAUGGAGGAGGGUGACCAUGAACAGGUUUCAGACUAGAAAGCAUAGAUGUCUUAGCUGAAUAAUCAUAGUGUUGAGAUAUUGGAGAAUUAUCCUUUAGCUAGUCAUGUAAUACCUUCUGAAUUUAUUCAACAGAUGUGCCUUCAGUUAUGCUGUAUCAAUGGUUAAACAGAGCACAAGACCGGUGUCGUCUUUGUAAUGAGUGCUAUUAAACUAUUUACCCACAGAAAUGUAGUUACAAUUUAAGCUUUAGGACAGAUACUUGAAGAUUUAAGGAGCCUGUAUUAUCUACUGAAAUUGUUAUAUGAAACAGUGCUAUCUGACUGAAAUAGCUCUAUCUUUGAACCAGGUGCUUUCAGAUUCUGCAUGUUAAUGGCUUCCACAUAGGGACUUACUAUGCAGUGAUCACUCAGCACUUUGGGCAAAUAUGCCUCAGGCUUUUUGUCCCAUCCUUCUGUGAGGAGCACAACAGAAGCCACUCAAAGUGAGUGGGAAUUGCGGGGGCUUAAAAUUAAACUGUCAUCUUUCAUCAUUCAUCUCUUCCUGAUUCAUAAGCUGCUUUCAUACAACACCUGCAGAGCAGGGACAACAGUUGUAGUAUUUGUAAGCAUUGCAGUCCAACUGGUAGAUCACCCUGUCCUUGCAGGUGGGCAUCCUCCUGAACUACCUCUGCCCCUGCAGCACCUGAGAGGGGAGGCUGGUCACCUAUCUUUGGGGUACUGACAAGUUGUGCACAAAGGAUCUCUUCUCCCAAAUUGUGUUCAGGGUAGUACAGCACUGCUUCAGGGCUCAUCUUAAGAGGGAGGGUGAGUAGAGGCUCCAGAAAACGGAUGUAUUUCAGAAAUGCACACAGCUGCAAUAGUGGUGCCUCUGAAUGGGAGCUGUCCUCAUGGGUUUGAAGUAGAUGGAUGAACUGCUAAGCUCUUGUUUGAAACGUUGCUCCUAUUAGGAAUGUGCAGGACUGGUCAGUUUUCUUGAGGCAUCAGGAGAUGGAGGACCUAGGUGCUAUACUCCUAUUCCUGCCCUGUUUCUCCUGCAAACUUGGUCAAAGCCCAGAUAGUAACUUGUGGUUUAAGUUAUAAAGACUCGCCAAGUUCAUUCUAGUGGGAUCACUCUAACUCUCUUAGGAAAGGGGGAGCAGCAGAUCCUUUCUGAAGGGCAACAAGGGGUAAAACUGGUACUGGCACUUCCCUUACCUUCUCAGAGUCAGCUUAUUUAGUUUCUUGGUGACUGCAUUCUUUCAGUUCACCACUGGGAUUGUGGAAUGAAUCCAGUCUGAACAGUUGAACAGUAGAGCAUGCCUCUGGGAUACAGCAAUACUUACCUUGCAUAUGUAAGAGAACUUUACCACAGGCCGAAAGAGUGAGCUCCAGAAGCUUUUGCAGCACUAUGAAUCAUAAGCCAUCCUCUUCAGGGUACAGUUGCCAGGGAAAUAAUUGGAGGUGACUUGUAUGCCUGCUUUGAAGGCUUGAGUAGUGCACAUAAAGAUGGGGUUUAAUGCUAUUGAGCCUUUGUCCAUAGGAUCUUACAGCAGGUAAUUCUUGAUGAGAAUUGUGUAAUGGGCUCCUGUGUUCUGAAAUUAUUUUUAUGGGGUUCUUAAUAAAAUGCAAUCCCACAGCAGCACUGAUAAUUUUGCAUUGUAAAAAUGGGAAUACAAAGCAAAUCCAGCUUUAAUACAAGCGUAUAAAUAGUAUGAUAGAGAAUGUGUUAAUUAAGUCGUACCAAAGUCUUGCCAAAUAGACUAAUGGUAAAUGCCAGGCAAGAUGUACUGUUUUACUUGUGUGUCUGUGAAAGUAAAACUAGUUUGGGGCCAGGCACAUGUUGCCAAGAAUAUUGCACGUGAAUAGAAGACACGCUUUUUUGACCAAGACCAGUUAGUAUAGGAGUGGUCAGUGGUGAGAUUUUGUACUGGUCAACAAGUUCACACUUCUGUCAGCUGAACUUCUUGUAGUGCUACAGUCUUGCCCAACAGGUAAAGUUUAAAAUGAACUGUAAAAUAAUGCAGGGAAAUGAAAUAGAUUAUCUGGCUGAUUUAGGAAUACUGGAGUUGGUUCUCAUUACUUUUUCCAUUAUAAGCUAAGAAUUUCCAUUACAAACUGAAUUUCCAUUACAAGCUGCACAUCUGCAGUAGGUUGUCACAUGUAGUAAGGUGUAAGUACUUGACAUCCUUUUAAAUGAAGGGGACACCAAUGUUACUGAUGAAGCAGGAAAAAAAUUAAAAACUAUUCUUAAAUGAACCCUGGCUUUGUUGAUUUGACCUGAAGACUUGAAGCCACUGGAAGAUGCAGUUCUUUAGUUGCAUAACAUUUAAAUAAGCUUCAUAUGGUGUAGUAGACUGAUGCAGUGAUGCUAAAAAAGGCUGUUCCUUCUUUUAGUGUCUGUGUCAAAUUGCAAUUGUAUUCCCAGAACUCAAUUUGAUGUUUUUCUGAUUGCAAGGAAGAUUAAUGUUUCUUAAAAUAUUUUAUGGCUGCUUUGUUAAACAAACUGACAGAAUGAUGUGAUUGACAUUUUCUUUUCGUACGUCACUAAACAUGAAACUUAAUCGGAAACAAAAAUGAGAUAGUCAUGGAACCUGUGCUGAAUUUAUAACCAGGAGUUCUGUGAGACCUUAGUGCUUUAACAUGGAGUUACAGAAAAACUGAAGGGGUAAUAGCAAAGGAAGAUGGUUGUAAAAGCAGGCUUUCUUAACUAGAAGAACUUGAGGGCUCGUCCUCAAAUGCUCUUUUAAACAAAGCACCCCUCUAGUUUAUGAAGUCAAAAUGCGGCUGCUUUCCUUAGAAACCACAGCAAAACAUGCAGUUAGAAAAAUAGCUUAUGUAGCUUCUGAAACUUGGUACCAAUUGGCAGUUGUGUAAAAGCCUAAGAUCAUCUUCUGAACCACCCAGCAGCAAUGUGUAAGAUAAUUCUAACAUGAAGUAACACUGGACUGUGUUUCCAGAAGCACUGUUUCUCUACUAAAGGAAUCAUGGAUAAUUCCUGUGUUAUGUUUGAUAAUAGCUGUAUGGCUCAGAACUCCUUUUUCUCCUUUUUUUUUUCCCUUGUAUUUCUGGUGUUGAUAUGCUGAAAGAGCAGUAACUUGGCAAAAGCUACACUAAUACUCUGUUAAGUCUGUUCUGUAAGCAAGCCAAAACAAGCAUUUAUAGUAGGACCUGUAAUAAAGGCUGGCAGAUGUUAAAA